AUGACUCUGGACUGGACGAUCAGCUCGCAAUGGGACCAAGAGCAAGUGCUGCCUGGAUCAGCGGCCACUUUGACCAUCAAUGCAACUGCGCCAGCGUUAUGCGCUGUGUCAGCUACGGAUAAAUCAGCGAAACUGAUGGCAGCCAACAGCAAUCGCCAGGUCGAUUUGCAGCGCCUUUUGAGGACGUUUGCCCCAAAUCAGCAGGACGGGGACUCGGACCGCAGCAGUUGUCUGUUGAAUGGCAAAAAGCCCAUCAGUUUGAGCACUUGGAUGUAUGCGGAAAGUCUGCAGGAGAGAGGGAGGAAAAAGCGGCAAUAUUCAAGCAGAGCUCCUUUGGUGGCAGAGGAUUAUGAUGCCUCUGACGUGUUUUCGGCAUUUGGAACGACCACAAUCACCAACUUCCAAACGGUGACCAAAUCGUGCUACACCGACCAAAUCUUCCGGAACUUUCGGCCGGCCUCCUUCGUCGGCAACGAUUACGAAACUGCCCAUGAAGAAGGCUCGCAGGCCAGCAUCCGCUCGUUCUUCCCGGAAAACUGGCUUUGGGAGCUGGUUCCGGUUGGGACCAAAGUGUAUGUAAGCCAGCAAUUCGAGCCGGAUCAAAUCAAAUACAACUUAUUUAUACAGGGGCAAAGUGAAAGUAAUCGGUUGCAACUGUUGGUGAUUUUUGAGAACAUCAGGUCCAAAAAUCUCCACCAGCUCCUGACAAUCCCUACAGGAUGUGGGGAGCAGAUCAUGGCAUCCAUGGCCCCAAACCUGUACGUGCUGCGCUACCUCAACGCCACUGGCAGCCUCCCUGCGGGCCUCAAACAGAAGAUUCUGCGCAACCUCAAACUGGGGUACCAGAGAAUCCUCAACUACGCCCAUACAGACGGCUCGUUCUCGGCAUUCGGCUACUUCGAUCCUUCCGGCUCGAUGUUUCUCACCACCUUCGUGGUUCGGGUGCUGCAAGAGGCGAAAAGCCUCAUCUAUGUGGACGCUGCAGUUCUGGAUCGCGCCGUCCGCUGGAUCUUCCAGCACCAGCUGGAGAACGGCUGUUUCGACACGAUGCACCACGUGUUUCAGGAUAUGGGGGGCACCAACAUGGAGAACAGCACUGCCGGCCUCACCGCCUACGUAAUUCUCAGCCUGUUUGAUGCCAAAGUCGAUGUGCCAGACGCUGUGCAAGUGAAUGCAAAAUACUGCAUCCGCAGCCAGAACGAUCCGGAUCGGUACUCCAUGGUGAUUAGCAGCUAUGCGCUCUUUAAGGUGCAAUGGAUCAGUGAGGCCUCUCGGUUUCUGGAAAAGGCCAUUGAGGUGGCUCGGAAGGAGAACGAGUUCAUGUGGUGGAGCACGCGAGAAUCUGACGAUUCCUCUGCUUCGGACAUUGAGGUGAGCAGCUACGCUCUGUUGGCGUGCUUGGAGCAAAAGAGUGCUACGCACAUGGCCUACGCCCAUUCCAUCGUGCAGUGGCUGAUCUCCAAAAUGGGGCCCCUGGGGGGCUUCAAAUCCACCCAAGACACUAUCGUGGCCCUGGACGGCCUGACCAAAUACGCGCAGCAAACCCGCACUGAUUCCCUGGACCUGCACGUUCACGUCACCGCCUUGAAUAAAUCCCGCGGGUUUAAAAUUGCUGAUCAGGAUCGCCUCACAUCCAGACAACUUCCUCUGCACCCCCUCGAAGGGCGCGUGGGCCUCAGCUUGACCGGAACUGGAUGCGCUCUGGCACAGCUAACCAGCUCCUACUUCAGCAGCAGCGUAUCAGAGAGCGAAGCCUUCAGGCUGGAAGUGGAAGUGGGCGCAGUUUCCACCAUCGACCAGUGCUCCAUCAGGAGCAUUUCUCCAUGCUUAUCCUACCAAGGCCCGGGCCAGCUCUCCAACAUGGCAGUAAUGGAGCUCGCUCUCCCGUCCGGCUUCCAGGCCGACAGGCCCUCUUUAUACGAACUAGUCGACGGCGGCACAGCAGCUAAUAUCAAAAUGUUUGAGGAAAAAGACGACCAGAUCAACAUCUACUUCACCAGCCUGGGCAGAAGCUCGGUGUGCUUCACGAUCAACAUCAGCGAAAAUCUGCCAGUGGAGAACCGCAAGGGGAGUCUGGUGAAACUGUAUGACUACUAUCGGCCCGAGCAGAACGUCCUGCGGUUCUACAGUCUAGUGAACAACUGCAGCAGGAGCGGCUUGGAGCAGGACAGGGAGAGGGGGAGGCCUAAAAGGAGCAGCCAUUUGGACGGGGAGUUGGAGGCGCCCCACUCCAUUGGUUGCAGGCAUCAACUUCAAUGGAACAGAGCAAAGCCCUUAGGCAGGCCUUGGAUGCGAUAGAGAAGGAAAGGUUUAGCUGCCUGUCCGCUUAUCAUAGGCGUAGUUAAUAAUCACACGAAGCCAAUAGGCUUAAUAAAACACUGCGGCUUAAAUGUUCGAAUUUCGCGCAUCUGAAAGGUCUGGAGGAGCAAAGCAAAAAGCCUUUAGAAUCUUCAUAGAUAUACUCGGUGUUUAUUCUGCGAGCUUUGCAAUAAAAAGUUGUUCAUUC